CCCCUGCCUCAAUUGAGAAGCCAAGCAAGAAAAUUGAGUUACGAGAUUAAAUCUUCCACAUUGUUUGGCUUUGAAACAUAAGCCAAGGUAUCCUGCCAAAACCCCUUGGGGACUUUGAGCGGAUCAGUCAAUUCUGUGGCUAGUCAGGUCUGCGUGGAGGGGACAUCUCAACAUGGACAAACUCGGCAAUGAAAGUGAAGCAAUACCUGAGAACCAAGUUAAGAUGGAAAACCAAGAACAGCCACAGGAUGCGGGAAAGCCAGAAAUGGCUUGUACUCUGGAAGACAAGGAGAAGUUAGAAAAAGAGGAAAAGAUAGAAAACAAGGGAAAGAUAGAAGAUGAGGAAAUACUUAAUGAUAAGGAUAAGCCAGAGGAGGGAAAGCCAAAAGAAGAGGGAGAGCCAGAGAGCGAGGGAAAACCAGAGAGCCAGGGGAAGCUGGAGAGCCAGGGAAAACCAAAAGAAGAAGGAAAUCCAGAGAAUGAGGGAAAACCAGAGAAUGAGGGAAAGCCAAAAGAGGAAGAACAACCAGCCAGUGAACCAAGGGCUGCAGUAAAGCGCCCAGCUGGGGAUGAUAUACCCAAGAAAGCUAAAAGAAAAACCAACAAGGGGCUGGCUCAGUGCCUCAAGGAAUACAAGGAGGCCAUACAUGAUAUGCAUUUGAGCAAUGAGGAGAUGAUAAGAGAAUUUGAUGAGAUGGCUAGGGUAGAAGAUGAGGUGAAGAAAACCAGACAGAAAUUGGGGGGGUUUAUGUGGAUGCAAAAAAGUUUGCAGGACCCUUUCCACCCGAGGGGCCCAAGGGAGCUCAGGGGUGGCUGCAGGGCCCCACAAAGGGGCUUUGAAGACAUUCCUUUUGUGUAGUGUCCCCGCAGGCAUUUGCCAGGCCCUGGGCUGUAAACUUAGGCUAAUGUUUUGCUGUAGGGUCACUCAUUAUCCAGCUGCAGCCCUCUGUUUCAGCAGCAGAUUUUCAUUCAUUGCAUGGGAAAAUGUCUGGUGCAUUGUAAAACUAAAAAAAUAAAAGAUUGCAGAACCAUA